AAAUGAUUAGGAAAAUAUUCGCUAAAUUGUGAAAAGAAAUUAAUCGAAUUAACGAUAGAGCGACUUACAUUUUGUAUUAUUCAAGAUAUUUGAUCCAGUGAAUAAUUGAAAUAUUACUGUACUUUUACAGUUAGGUAGUAAAAUUACAAACUGCUUUAUACGCAGACAUUAACGCUUAGAAAUUGUGUUUUAAUUUGUACAAGCCGAGUUUCCUAAAUCCUAAAAUGAAACUAACGUGGCAAUGCAUGUUCUCGCCGCGACUGUACAAGAUUUACAAGGAUGGGGGCAGAGAUACCCUGUACCAACCAGAAGGAAUGGAGAAAUGGGGAGACAAAAUCAUCUCAACAGCUAGCACCAUCCUCAGUAUCGGUCUGUAUACAUCCCCAUUCAUCUGCUUCUACAUCUACAAGCGAGGUUUCUUCUCCUUCGAUGAGACCCGCGUGCUGAUCCGCUACAUCGGCGGCAUCAGCUGUCUCCUCGCCCUAUCCUACAUCAUGAGGGGCAUCGGAAGGGCUAGCAACCCCAAAUAUGUGGAGUUCCUGAAGGCACUCAACACACCAUUGACGGAUCAAAAUGCGUACCUGCAAGGGAUUAGGAAGUACGACUUUGAAUUCCAAUACUGGCCCGCUACUUAUCUGUUGUCGAAGCAGAAAAACAGUUCAGUAUGGCUCGCCCGGCACCCGUUCGCUGCCUGCGCUAACCCGGAGCUGCCAGCGUACCAGCGGACUACCAUACAGGUCCUUGCCUACGUGGCACACACCUUCGCGCUGAGGCUUAUAUACCCCGGCUCAUUGGGGCUCAUACAGAAUCUGCUGCGAACCGCAUUAUUCCAAGGGCGCACCCAACUGGUCGAAGCAUUCAACGGCCAGCGCGCCAAGCUGCGUACUUGCGACGGGAAUGACCUAGACACCAUGUUUGUGGACAACCGGGAAGAGUCGCCCAAGGGGAAGAUCCUGGUUAUCUGCUGCGAGGGGAAUUCCGGGUUCUAUGAGAUUGGUAUCAUGACGACGCCGGUGAAGGCUGGGUUUUCCGCGCUUGGGUGGAACCAUCCGGGAUUCGCCGGGAGUACUGGCCUGCCCUACCCGACGCAAGAACAAAACGCCAUGGACGCCAUAAUGCGCUACGCCAUAAAUGAACUAGGCUUCGAGCCCAAACAGAUCGUCAUGUACGGGUGGUCUAUAGGCGGCUAUGCAGCUACGUGGGCCGCUGUCAACUAUCCCGAGGUCAAAGCCCUGGUACUCGACGCAACCUUCGACGACCUUCUACCUCUCGCCGAGAACCAAAUGCCUUCCUCCUGGUCUCUACUAGUGAAGGAGGUGGUUAGGUCGCACGUGGACCUCAAUAUAGGGGAGCUGCUGGCUCAGUACAAGGGCCCGGUGCAGCUUCUGCGCCGCACCGAGGACGAAAUCAUCUGCCUACGGCCGGGUCAGCUCUCCUCGAACCGAGGCAACCACCUCCUGCUGAAACUGAUCGAGUCUCGCCACGAGAUGUCAGCCGAAGCGCUAGAGGCUGUUCGCAAGUACGCGGCGCUGCUUGAGAGCCAGCGCGCGGCAUUGCUGCGACAGGAUGUCGAUGAGAACGUCAAGGGGCCUCUGAACCUGAUCUCAAAGUACAUGCGCGACUACCGCUCGAGCCACUGCACGCCGCUUCCCGAGGAGCACUUCGAAGCUAUCAUGGAGAGUCUGGCCGCUCGUCAGUAGCGGUGCGUUGUCGUGGUCAUCCGCGGCGGCCUACUGAUGAACAAGCGACGCUGUUGAGUGUACAGAAUACGCGCCCGAGGUACACGACGAUCUUGAUAUAUUUUUGAGGCCGUCAGUCGCGCUACUGUUAGUGUGGUCAUCUACGAUGGCCUUUGAAGCCCAAGAUACAGCGCCCUAGAGUUCAUAUUUGUUGAACACUUCAAGGUGCAUGUAUCGCCCUUAAUAUUUCAUUAAUACUUCACGUCUCUCAUGGAGUCUCACGACCAGUCAGUAGCAGUAGGCUGUUAUAUGGGGAAUGCUAGAUCAAAAGUGACGCUACUUUAUGUUCAGAAUUGGCACCCAAGAUGCAUAUGACGCCAUAGACAACUUUAUUCAUCGACAACUAGAAAGGGUUAAAUAUUACAUGUAAGAUUUCAAAUUGUUGCGUCUAAACUCAAAUGACGUGGUCAAAAAUGCAGGGUAAUUUAAUGAAAAUAAAUAAAAUAAAGCAUGUUGAA